CCGGCCAAUUAGUUAUGUAUGCUGGUAGUUAUCUGCAUACGUUUAAUUUUUUAAUGAAUGCUUUUAUUUUGUGUUUGUUGUCAAUUUGUAAAUCCCGAAAUUUUCGGGAUACCGAAAAUCGAUUACUAAAUUUUUCGGGACUACGUUAAAAUAUACAAAAAGUGAAAAUGUUAUGGUUAGGCCAAUCUCGAGCGCUAAUUCCGAAUUUUCGGGAGCCAAAAAUUGCUAUUAAAUGCAUUAGUAAGCACAUGCGUAUAUAAAUAUUUAUGUCGAUAAGCUUACGUGCAAUGGUCAUGUUUGCUAUCAAUUUGUGAAUAUCGAAUAACGAUUUCGGGAUUUUUCGGGACUACAUUAAAAUUAACAAAAACUGAAAAUAUUGUGUUAAAGCAAUGUCGAGUGAAAAUCCCGAAAUUUCGGAAUCCCGAAAAUCGAAUAUCGAAUUUUUCGGGACCACGUUAAAACACACAAAAAGUGAAAGUGUUAUAGUUAAGCUUGAGCGAUAAUCCCGAACUUUCGGGAACCGAAAAAUUGCUACUAAAUGCAUUAGUAACACCUACGCUUAUAAAUAUUUAUGUCGAUAAGGAUUUUUCGGGACUACAUUAAAAUUAACAAAAACUGAGAAUAUUGUGUUGAAGCAAUGUCGAAUGAAAAUCCCGAAAGUCGAUAUUAAAUGCUUUAGUAAGCACUGGACUUACAAAAGUGUAGGUAACGUUAUGUCCAUUUCAAAAUAUGUAAUUACGCAGCCAUUUGCAUACUACAUAUGUGAUAUGCAUGUACAUAUAUAUUAUAUAAAUAUGUAUGUAUGUAUGUACAUAUGUACAUGCAUACUUGUAUGUACGCGUACUUUUUAUUAACAUCCAACUGUGUUUUCUUGUUUCAUUUAUUACGUUCAUGCAUACAUUGUGCAUGUGCCCCGACGAAGUUGCAAACGUAAUGCAUUAUUAAUAUAUGUAUAUGUCUGCCUAAAUAUAUGUUCAUACAUAUGUAUGUAGUAAAUAUGUCAUAUGAUGUUACUAACGAUGUGUGAUUUUGCAAUUUUGGCUAAAAUAAAAUUUUUCUAACACCCCUAAAUGAAAAUGGCAAAAUAAUAAUAAAACAUUCUGAACUCACCAUUAGAUACAUAUCAUUUUAUGGCAAAUUUGUUGUGAAUAAUUUUGCGAAAAAAAUGCUGCGAUCGUUUUUUUAUCUGUCUGAACCCACUGUACGACAAUUCAAUUUAAAAACAGUUAUUAAUUAAUUGUUUUAUAAGCAGUUAUUAUUUGAAGUGUACUUAUAUAAAUGUACAAGUGUUUUCAUAUUUUUUAAACCACCCAGCAAGCCAUUUUUUUAUUAAAAUUUUGAAGCUCGAAACUUUACACAAUACUUAGAUAAUUUGUCUUCGAAGCGGAGUUCUCAUUUAAAAAGUGGAAGGCUGUUAAAUUGAACCGUUAUCAAAUGCUGGUAAAUAAUAUAAUAUUCAACCAGGAUCCAAUUACAAGUUUACAAAAACAGAAAGUUCAGAGACACACAGAUUUACAAUAACUUCGAAGAUUUAAUAGAUAAUAUAGUUUGAAAAGCUGAAAAAAGUCCAACCGAACAAAGUAUGUCUACCGAGAAAACACUUGUGAAUAACAAAAACGCUUUUUGGUGCGCUGGGCAAAAUGUGUCUUUAUUCACAUGCAACUUAACAAUUACUUAGAAAGGCCACUUUCGAGUUCAAAACCACUUCUUACACAUACUAAAUAUAUACGAGUACAUAUAUCUCACGAUGUGAUGCGUCAUUGUCAGGUCGAGAUAAGAAUAUAUUGCAGUUCAGAAUUAACACGAUCUACGAACGCAGCUCUCUCUGCCAUAUUUCAUGUACAUCGUAGCUUUCGCAAAUUUUUAUUGCCUCAUUGUGGUAAAAAUAAAUAGUUAACAAAUGAAAAUUAGCUGGAAGUGGCUGUGCAACAGAACGUAUAACCUUUUCAUAAUAAUAAAAAUAGAUUUGGUGUUGAUUUAUGGAAUAAGGAUUCCGGAAUAGAUGCAAAAUUUAAAAACAGUCUUCUACUCGUAUAUAUGAUUUAAAACGUGCAAACUGUCUAAAGAAAGGUCGAAAGAAACAAGGACUUCUCUGUAACGAAUUACAAAAAUUUUAUCGAGUAUAUGGGCUCCAAAGAUUGUUGAUUCACACCAAGUUUCAUAGAUAGACAAUGAUUAGUUGUGCAACAGUGUAGGAAUCACACAAUUGUAUGCGAGGUUUCAAAUUGAUUAGAAUAGAGUUGCUUGAAUGUCUAAAGGCAGGUCAACAAAUUCUGUGAGACCCCUGAAAAGAGUAUAGAACAAUUAAUUUUCACUCUGCGGUCCGUCUUUGACAAAUAAUUUCUGGAAAGCGAACUAAAGCAUCUCGCCGAUCUUGUUUAGUUGCCGCUUAUUGAAACGCCAGGAUUUUAGACUAAAACUUUAAAUACGUCCUUCACUGAGUCUCGGUUUAACUAGUACAAGUAUACUAGUAUUUGAAAAGCUUCUUCAAAAAUUCAUUUUAAUUAUAGAAUUUCGAUUUCUAAUAAAAGAGACUUGGAACAUUUUACAAACAAAAUAAAGACGGACAAGCAAGGAGCUAGACCUAAUAUAGGACGCGUCUGUGGAGAAAAAGUUUAGCUCGGCACGAGAGCAACGGUAUUCUCUACACUUAUUGUUGAGAGUCAAACUCUGAGAGAAGGCUGAGAAAAAGAUUUAUGUGUGUAAAGAGAGUUAAAAGAAUUAACAACUAAACAAAGUCAGACAAGCGGUUAGCUCCAAUCAGGUUUUUUUUUUAAAGAUCUGCACAAGCUGAUAUGUGGUGUGACUGUGAAGAAAAAGUCUCAAAAGAUAUUUUUAGUGCGACAAAGCAAGUAUGCUCCGAUCUUGCUUUUGGGAAGUCAAAACGCUGAUAAAAAGAUUUUUGUGACGUCACAAAACAGCUGACAUCGGCAAAGUUAGUGGGAACUUAGGUGGGUACUGUGUGUGAAAGGUAUAUACUGGCAUAUACAUACAUAUUUACAUAUGUAUUGUAUGUAAAUAAGCGAAAAAAUCUGGAAACAAGUCAUUUUAAAAAAUGGCUGGCGGCAAUUUAAUAGCAAAAAGAUGCGUCGUCAGCCUCAAAGCGUAAACAAGUUUCCAAGAGCGGUACACAAAUGCAUAUGUACAUAUGUAUACACAUUUAUACCUAUGUAAUACUCGGCACACAUAGUAGAUUGUGUGUGCACCUUUGUAUGUAAUUUAUUAUUAACAAAAUAAAGAGAAGAAACUUCAAACGCUAACUGUGGGCUGGCGGGGGGUGAAGGCUGGUCACAUUCGUAACUGUUUGCAGAGCACAAACAAACAUAUAAACACGUCGUGUCGGCGUCGCUUUUAAGGUAGUUUUCAUUUAAUAGCGUAGAAGUGAACAUGUUUCGCCACAACGGAUCGUCAGCAUUUAACACUAACAACAGCAAUUACCGUCUCUUUGGCGGUGCAACUUUCAAAGUGCUGGUGCUGCUAUUGUUGGCGCUCGUGGUAAUGAGCAAUGCACAAGCAGGUUGCCCCUCGUCUACGAAGGUUUUGAGCUGCACACCAAAAUGCAAGCAAGACACCGACUGUAGUGCCAUCGGCGGCAAAUGUUGCCCGAAUUUGUGCAACGAGCGCUCGUGCAUACAGCGCAAUCAAUUGGAUCAGGGCAACGGCAACAACAAGGGUGGAGACAAAUAUUCUAGCGGCAACUCCGGCGCCUACUGUGGCAACACUAAAUGCAGCCCCUAUGAGAAAUGCGAAAUGGAUCGCUCAACAAAACGUCAAAAAUGUGUCAGAACUUAAGCAGCGCAGCGAGUCAUAAGGAUGUACUCCUCUGUCGUUUUAUCAUACUACAUACAAUAUUUUUUACCCUAUACAAAUAAUUUUCUAUACAUAUAUACAUAAAUGUAUGCAUUUUUGAAUAAAUAUUUGUGGGCACUUACAACUGGAGCAGCUACGGCGAUUUGUACUAAGAGACAAGCAACCAAAAUAAAUUUCAACAUUUUGAAUUUCGAACGUUUUA